AUGUUAACAAUUGAAUCAAAAAUAAUUGAACAAGAAUAUGAAUUUAGUUUUAUUAAACCAAUUCAUUAUGAAAUAUAUCAAAAUUCAAAUGAAGAAUAUACUUUAGAAUUAGAAUGUCAGUUAAUAACAGAUCAACAACCAGCGUCUAUUAAAUGGAGCCAUGAAGGUAUUGAAUUAAAUAUGUCUGAUCGUAUCGAACAGGUCUAUGAAUAUGAAAGUGGUUUAGCUAUACUAAUUAUACAUAAUAUUACACCUCAAGAUAUGGGUGAAUACACUUGCACUGCUACACAAGCUGAUCUUCAACCUUCACAAGUUGAACCAAUACAGAAAACAAUCAGUACGAGUACUGUUGUGGAUAUAGAAGUUCCUGAAACGACAGAAGUUGUGCCAACAGUAACUGAGAAGGUUCUCACCUUCUUACAACCAGUAACACCGAAUAUCCACAUUGUACAAGACCAUAAGGAUCUUGAACUGGAAUGUCAAAUUCAAGCAGAUUUAAAACCAAUUCAAGUUGUCUGGGAAGUUGAUGGCAAGGAAUUAACUCAAUCUGAUCGCAAUGAAAUGAUCUAUUUUGAAGAUAGUGGAGUAGCUCGUCUAAUAGUACAUCAAGUGGUUCCAUCGGAUUCUGGUGAAUACACUUGCAAAGUUCAUGGUGAGGUGAUUGAAGCUGAGACCAAACAACAAAUGACCAAAACAAUUUCAUCUGGCUCAAUUGUUACAAUUGAAGUUCCUGAAACGACAGAAGUUGUGCCAACAGUAACUGAGAAGGUUCUCACCUUCUUACAACCAGUAACACCGAAUAUCCACAUUGUACAAGACCAUAAGGAUCUUGAACUGGAAUGUCAAAUUCAAGCAGAUUUAAAACCAAUUCAAGUUGUCUGGGAAGUUGAUGGCAAGGAAUUAACUCAAUCUGAUCGCAAUGAAAUGAUCUAUUUUGAAGAUAGUGGAGUAGCUCGUCUAAUAGUACAUCAAGUGGUUCCAUCGGAUUCUGGUGAAUACACUUGCAAAGUUCAUGGUGAGGUGAUUGAAGCUGAGACCAAACAACAAAUGACCAAAACAAUUUCAUCUGGCUCAAUUGUUACAAUUGAAGUUCCUGAAACGACAGAAGUUGUGCCAACAGUAACUGAGAAGGUUCUCACCUUCUUACAACCAGUAACACCGAAUAUCCACAUUGUACAAGACCAUAAGGAUCUUGAACUGGAAUGUCAAAUUCAAGCAGAUUUAAAACCAAUUCAAGUUGUCUGGGAAGUUGAUGGCAAGGAAUUAACUCAAUCUGAUCGCAAUGAAAUGAUCUAUUUUGAAGAUAGUGGAGUAGCUCGUCUAAUAGUACAUCAAGUGGUUCCAUCGGAUUCUGGUGAAUACACUUGCAAAGUUCAUGGUGAGGUGAUUGAAGCUGAGACCAAACAACAAAUGACCAAAACAAUUUCAUCUGGCUCAAUUGUUACAAUUGAAGUUCCUGAAACGACAGAAGUUGUGCCAACAGUAACUGAGAAGGUUCUCACCUUCUUACAACCAGUAACACCGAAUAUCCACAUUGUACAAGACCAUAAGGAUCUUGAACUGGAAUGUCAAAUUCAAGCAGAUUUAAAACCAAUUCAAGUUGUCUGGGAAGUUGAUGGCAAGGAAUUAACUCAAUCUGAUCGCAAUGAAAUGAUCUAUUUUGAAGAUAGUGGAGUAGCUCGUCUAAUAGUACAUCAAGUGGUUCCAUCGGAUUCUGGUGAAUACACUUGCAAAGUUCAUGGUGAGGUGAUUGAAGCUGAGACCAAACAACAAAUGACCAAAACAAUUUCAUCUGGCUCAAUUGUUACAAUUGAAGCUGUUGAAAAAGAGGACAAAUUCAUUUCACCAAUUUUUGUUCACGAGUUAACACCAUUAAAUAUUUCUGAAGGUGAAGAAAUUUAUUUAACAGCUACUGUUAAAGGAAAUCCUCAACCUGAAGAAGUGAUUUGGAAACAUAAUGGAAAUAUAGUUCAACCAGACGUAACGGAUGUUGUAAUGUUCUAUACCCCAGAAACAGGUGUUUGUGAAUUAACAAUAUCUGAAGCAUUUCCUGAAGAUUCAGGAAUUUAUUCUGUUGAAGUCCAGAAUACUGUUGGUACGGCUGUUAGUCAAACUGAAGUAGUUGUAUUGGUAGAGGUAAGAAAAGAACCUACAAUUUUAGAGUCAGAAGAUCAGAAAGAAUCAAUUGUUGAAGAUGUUUUGAACGUUGUUACUGAUAUUUCAGGUGAUAAAGCAGUUGUAUCUACGGUCGAAGGUGUAGAGUUACUUAAACAAGAAGUAGUUGUUAAUAUAGUGCAAACUGAAAAAACGGAAAUGUAUUCAAUGAUUGAAACUCUUCCAGAAAUACCACAAGCGGCGAUUUAUGAACAUAUCAUAGAGGAGACUGAAUUCGAAAUAAGUUUGGAAGAACCGCUAGAGAUUAGUGAUGAUGAGUUAUUGCUCGAUGAAGGAGUUACACCAACACAUGUAGUUGUAUUGGAUGUUCUUAUACCUCAUGAUUCUGUGAGCAUUGAUGAAACAAGUAUAAGCGUAGAGGAAGCUGGCAAGGCUCAGUCGAUCCCAAGUGUCACAGAAAUUUCUUUACAUGACGUUUCUUUAGCCGCGGGUUCAGACGUAAAUAUAACCGAAUUAAAAGCUCUCGAUGCCAAGGUCACAACACAGGAAGAAAAAGAGAAAUCCAAAGAAAAAGAAGAUCAACAAUCAAUAGCAACUAUGAGUUCAGAUCUGAACGAACAACAAACAAAACAGCAAAGCAAUGACACAAAAGAUGAAACGAAAGAGCUAACCACAAAACCAGUUAAAGAAGAAAUCAAAUCCAUAAAGAUGGAAGAAAAAAACCAUCCAAAAAAAGUUGAAGAUAUAACUGAUGAGCUAAAAAAAAUGGAGACGUCAGAGAAGGUCUCAGUGAAGGAGGCUGUGGUGGACGAGACCCCAGUGGAAUCGGAGACAGUCCCGGUCUCAAUUGUUAGCAAAGGAGUGGUAGAGGUGACGGACAUGAAGAGCACAGUCGGAGUGACAGAGGAAUCUGGUAGUGUGGCGGAGCAGGAGACGUUGGUUGUUGAGCAGGUGGCGGAAUCCAAGGAGACAGUGACUGUUAAGAUGGAGGAGCGGGUUGUACAGGAGGUGGGGAAGGAGUCGGUCCCAGAGACGAUGGAGUGGGUUUCAGAGGGUGUUGGUGAGUUGGAAGAAUCCGACCGUCAGGAUAGUGCUCGUGUUGUGGAGCAGCCGAGCGAAGUAGGUGUUGCAGUUUCCGAAACGCAAGUGGAGGUGGAGACGGUUGAGUUGGUGUCAGUGAAGGAGGCUGUGGUGGACGAGACCCCAGUGGAAUCGGACACAGUCUCGGUCUUAGGUGUGACGGAGGAGAAGAGCGUGGUCUCAGCGACAGAAGACUUUGCCAUGGAGGUGGAACAGGUGACUUUGACCGUGGAUGAGGUGUCACCUCGUAUGGAAUCCCUGACGUCCUCAGCUGAAGAACGUGUUGUCAGUGAGGCCGUUCCACUGGAGGAGACGGUCUAUGAUGUGUACGAAACGGAACAGGUUGAAGCUGUAACACGACCUACCACUGACGCUGUCGCUUCUGGUGUUGUCUCCUCGACUACUCCUUCUCUGUCUGACGUUGUCAGUGCUGAAGAAGUUCCUUCUGAGCAGGUAACGGAAGCCGGAGACACAAUGAUGGCGAAGACCGCCGAGGUCAUUGUUGAAGAAGGGAAGGAGUCUGUGUCACAGACCAUGGAGUGGGUUUCAGAGGGUGUUGGUGAGUUGGAAGAAUCCGACCGUCAGGAUAGUGUUCGUGUUGUGGAGCAGCCGAAUGAAGUGGGUGUGGCGGUUUCUGUAAAGCCCUUUGAAGUGGCAACACGUGAGAAGGUCUCAGUGAAGGAGGCUGUGGUGGACGAGACCCCAGUGGAAUCGGAGACAGUCCCGGUCUCAAUUGUUAGCAAAGGAGUGGUAGAGGUGACGGACAUGAAGAGCACAGUCGGAGUGACAGAGGAAUCUGGUAGUGUGGCGGAGCAGGAGACGUUGGUUGUUGAGCAGGUGGCGGAAUCCAAGGAGACAGUGACUGUUAAGAUGGAGGAGCGGGUUGUACAGGAGGUGGGGAAGGAGUCGGUCCCAGAGACGAUGGAGUGGGUUUCAGAGGGUGUUGGUGAGUUGGAAGAAUCCGACCGUCAGGAUAGUGCUCGUGUUGUGGAGCAGCCGAGCGAAGUAGGUGUUGCAGUUUCCGAAACGCAAGUGGAGGUGGAGACGGUUGAGUUGGUGUCAGUGAAGGAGGCUGUGGUGGACGAGACCCCAGUGGAAUCGGACACAGUCUCGGUCUUAGGUGUGACGGAGGAGAAGAGCGUGGUCUCAGCGACAGAAGACUUUGCCAUGGAGGUGGAACAGGUGACUUUGACCGUGGAUGAGGUGUCACCUCGUAUGGAAUCCCUGACGUCCUCAGCUGAAGAACGUGUUGUCAGUGAGGCCGUUCCACUGGAGGAGACGGUCUAUGAUGUGUACGAAACGGAACAGGUUGAAGCUGUAACACGACCUACCACUGACGCUGUCGCUUCUGGUGUUGUCUCCUCGACUACUCCUUCUCUGUCUGACGUUGUCAGUGCUGAAGAAGUUCCUUCUGAGGUAACGGAAGCCGGAGACACAAUGAUGGCGAAGACCGCCGAGGUCAUUGUUGAAGAAGGGAAGGAGUCUGUGUCACAGACCAUGGAGUGGGUUUCAGAGGGUGUUGGUGAGUUGGAAGAAUCCGACCGUCAGGAUAGUGUUCGUGUUGUGGAGCAGCCGAAUGAAGUGGGUGUGGCGGUUUCUGUAAAGCCCUUUGAAGUGGCAACACGUGAGAAGGUCUCAGUGAAGGAGGCUGUGGUGGACGAGACCCCAGUGGAAUCGGACACAGUCUCGGUCUUAGGUGUGACGGAGGAGAAGAGCGUGGUCUCAGCGACAGAAGACUUUGCCAUGGAGGUGGAACAGGUGACUUUGACCGUGGAUGAGGUGUCACCUCGUAUGGAAUCCCUGACGUCCUCAGCUGAAGAACGUGUUGUCAGUGAGGCCGUUCCACUGGAGGAGACGGUCUAUGAUGUGUACGAAACGGAACAGGUUGAAGCUGUAACACGACCUACCACUGACGCUGUCGCUUCUGGUGUUGUCUCCUCGACUACUCCUUCUCUGUCUGACGUUGUCAGUGCUGAAGAAGUUCCUUCUGAGGUAACGGAAGCCGGAGACACAAUGAUGGCGAAGACCGCCGAGGUCAUUGUUGAAGAAGGGAAGGAGUCUGUGUCACAGACCAUGGAGUGGGUUUCAGAGGGUGUUGGUGAGUUGGAAGAAUCCGACCGUCAGGAUAGUGUUCGUGUUGUGGAGCAGCCGAAUGAAGUGGGUGUGGCGGUUUCUGUAAAGCCCUUUGAAGUGGCAACACGUGAGAAGGUCUCAGUGAAGGAGGCUGUGGUGGACGAGACCCCAGUGGAAUCGGAGACAGUCCCGGUCUCAAUUGUUAGCAAAGGAGUGGUAGAGGUGACGGACAUGAAGAGCACAGUCGGAGUGACAGAGGAAUCUGGUAGUGUGGCGGAGCAGGAGACGUUGGUUGUUGAGCAGGUGGCGGAAUCCAAGGAGACAGUGACUGUUAAGAUGGAGGAGCGGGUUGUACAGGAGGUGGGGAAGGAGUCGGUCCCAGAGACGAUGGAGUGGGUUUCAGAGGGUGUUGGUGAGUUGGAAGAAUCCGACCGUCAGGAUAGUGCUCGUGUUGUGGAGCAGCCGAGCGAAGUAGGUGUUGCAGUUUCCGAAACGCAAGUGGAGGUGGAGACGGUUGAGUUGGUGUCAGUGAAGGAGGCUGUGGUGGACGAGACCCCAGUGGAAUCGGACACAGUCUCGGUCUUAGGUGUGACGGAGGAGAAGAGCGUGGUCUCAGCGACAGAAGACUUUGCCAUGGAGGUGGAACAGGUGACUUUGACCGUGGAUGAGGUGUCACCUCGUAUGGAAUCCCUGACGUCCUCAGCUGAAGAACGUGUUGUCAGUGAGGCCGUUCCACUGGAGGAGACGGUCUAUGAUGUGUACGAAACGGAACAGGUUGAAGCUGUAACACGACCUACCACUGACGCUGUCGCUUCUGGUGUUGUCUCCUCGACUACUCCUUCUCUGUCUGACGUUGUCAGUGCUGAAGAAGUUCCUUCUGAGGUAAAACCUCCAGAAUGUUCAAAACCGACUGCUCCUUCAACCCCUGUCAAUAUAAAAGUUAUUAUAAUUCCACCAGAAAGUCCAUCUUCAAAAUCUAAACUUCAUAUAACUUGGCAACAACCUGAUGAUAUUCCAGUCACUAAUUUUUAUAUAGAAUUAAAACCAUCGAAUUCCAAAACAUGGCAAGAUGUAUCUGCUGAUUUCACUAUUACUGAACCUGAUGCAAUUCUGCCAACUGAUAACUUGCAAGAAUUUGUCAGUUAUGAAUUUCGUGUUAUUGCUGAAAAUGAAGAAGGCAAAAGUCAUCCGUCAAUACCAUCGAAUUCUAUAGAAUUAGGUAUACCGCUAGAAUUUAUUCGCCCACUGACGGAUAUAACUGUCAGCGCAGUGACAAAUGAACCAGUCAUACUUGAAUGUCAACUAUCUCGAACUCCACGUGAAAAGAUCCAAUGGUUUAAGGAUGGAAAAGCACUACCCAGCAGACUGUCGAGUAGAAUAAAAGUUGAAGAGUUGGAGAAUGGAAAAGUUCACCGAAUUAUCUUCAGUCCAUUGACAGAGGAAGAUCUAGGUGUUUAUUCUGUGAAAGUAGAGAAUUUGACAAGUGAAGCACGAGUGGAUAUGAAGAUUGCACCAACACUGAAGCUGUCGGAAUCAUUCUCUGACAAAGUCAUCAUGAAAGCAGGAGAGGCGGCCGUCUUCGAAAUACCAUUCGUCGCCAGUCCGAAACCGACAGUGACCUGGUCAUGGAGGCCAAGAACACGUCCUGAUGCGGAGUUGGGAUCAGCUCAGACUCCACGAUUUAAGGCUGACGUGGUGUCCGGACUGACAUCACUUCCAGUGAGUAAGGUGAAGCGUGAAGAUGCUGGUGAGUACAGUGUGGUCAUCAGUAAUGAAUUGGGCGAGGUGACAGUGAGCAUUGAGUUGAUUGUAUUGGACAAACCAUCUGUACCUCGCAAUUUAGUUGCGAGUGAUAACACUGGUGAGAGUGUUUUGUUCAGUUGGACGGAACCAGAAUUCCUCGGUCUUCAUCCUGAUGUAGGAGUUAGUGAUGGAUUGAGUUACGUUGUCGAGAUGCGUGAGUCAAAUCAACGUGCGAGUAGGUCGGUGACAGUGACGAGUGAAUUGAAUACUCUUAUAGACAAAUUGCAAGUAAACAAGUCGUAUGUGUUUAGUGUUGCAGCUAAAAAUGAUGUCGGUCAGUCGGAAUUCGCUGAAACGAGUCCAGUUUCGACGAAGUUGGAAUAUGGUCCACCAUCGAGUCCAGUCAAUGUGAAGGCAGUCGUCAAUCCACCGAAGGCGUCUAUCAAAGAUCAAACGAUAGAAUUGACGUGGGAACAACCAACCGACCAAGUGUCUGCCAGUGGACCGGUCACAAACUUCUACAUCGAAUUGAAGCCUGAAGAUUCAACUCGAUGGCAGGACGUGAGUGCCGACUUCACAAUCACUGAACCACACUUCACACUUCCUACUGAUAAAUUGCAAGAGUUUGUGAGUUAUGAGUUCCGUGUAACAUCAGAGAAUAAAGCUGGCAAGAGUAAACCUUCUUCGCCAUCGAACGCUGUUCAACUAGGUAUACCGCUAGAAUUUAUUCGCCCACUGACGGAUAUAACUGUCAGCGCAGUGACAAAUGAACCAGUCAUACUUGAAUGUCAACUAUCUCGAACUCCACGUGAAAAGAUCCAAUGGUUUAAGGAUGGAAAAGCACUACCCAGCAGACUGUCGAGUAGAAUAAAAGUUGAAGAGUUGGAGAAUGGAAAAGUUCACCGAAUUAUCUUCAGUCCAUUGACAGAGGAAGAUCUAGGUGUUUAUUCUGUGAAAGUAGAGAAUUUGACAAGUGAAGCACGAGUGGAUAUGAAGAUUGCACCAACACUGAAGCUGUCGGAAUCAUUCUCUGACAAAGUCAUCAUGAAAGCAGGAGAGGCGGCCGUCUUCGAAAUACCAUUCGUCGCCAGUCCGAAACCGACAGUGACCUGGUCAUGGAGGCCAAGAACACGUCCUGAUGCGGAGUUGGGAUCAGCUCAGACUCCACGAUUUAAGGCUGACGUGGUGUCCGGACUGACAUCACUUCCAGUGAGUAAGGUGAAGCGUGAAGAUGCUGGUGAGUACAGUGUGGUCAUCAGUAAUGAAUUGGGCGAGGUGACAGUGAGCAUUGAGUUGAUUGUAUUGGACAAACCAUCUGUACCUCGCAAUUUAGUUGCGAGUGAUAACACUGGUGAGAGUGUUUUGUUCAGUUGGACGGAACCAGAAUUCCUCGGUCUUCAUCCUGAUGUAGGAGUUAGUGAUGGAUUGAGUUACGUUGUCGAGAUGCGUGAGUCAAAUCAACGUGCGAGUAGGUCGGUGACAGUGACGAGUGAAUUGAAUACUCUUAUAGACAAAUUGCAAGUAAACAAGUCGUAUGUGUUUAGUGUUGCAGCUAAAAAUGAUGUCGGUCAGUCGGAAUUCGCUGAAACGAGUCCAGUUUCGACGAAGUUGGAAUAUGGUCCACCAUCGAGUCCAGUCAAUGUGAAGGCAGUCGUCAAUCCACCGAAGGCGUCUAUCAAAGAUCAAACGAUAGAAUUGACGUGGGAACAACCAACCGACCAAGUGUCUGCCAGUGGACCGGUCACAAACUUCUACAUCGAAUUGAAGCCUGAAGAUUCAACUCGAUGGCAGGACGUGAGUGCCGACUUCACAAUCACUGAACCACACUUCACACUUCCUACUGAUAAAUUGCAAGAGUUUGUGAGUUAUGAGUUCCGUGUAACAUCAGAGAAUAAAGCUGGCAAGAGUAAACCUUCUUCGCCAUCGAACGCUGUUCAACUAGGUAUACCGCUAGAAUUUAUUCGCCCACUGACGGAUAUAACUGUCAGCGCAGUGACAAAUGAACCAGUCAUACUUGAAUGUCAACUAUCUCGAACUCCACGUGAAAAGAUCCAAUGGUUUAAGGAUGGAAAAGCACUACCCAGCAGACUGUCGAGUAGAAUAAAAGUUGAAGAGUUGGAGAAUGGAAAAGUUCACCGAAUUAUCUUCAGUCCAUUGACAGAGGAAGAUCUAGGUGUUUAUUCUGUGAAAGUAGAGAAUUUGACAAGUGAAGCACGAGUGGAUAUGAAGAUUGCACCAACACUGAAGCUGUCGGAAUCAUUCUCUGACAAAGUCAUCAUGAAAGCAGGAGAGGCGGCCGUCUUCGAAAUACCAUUCGUCGCCAGUCCGAAACCGACAGUGACCUGGUCAUGGAGGCCAAGAACACGUCCUGAUGCGGAGUUGGGAUCAGCUCAGACUCCACGAUUUAAGGCUGACGUGGUGUCCGGACUGACAUCACUUCCAGUGAGUAAGGUGAAGCGUGAAGAUGCUGGUGAGUACAGUGUGGUCAUCAGUAAUGAAUUGGGCGAGGUGACAGUGAGCAUUGAGUUGAUUGUAUUGGACAAACCAUCUGUACCUCGCAAUUUAGUUGCGAGUGAUAACACUGGUGAGAGUGUUUUGUUCAGUUGGACGGAACCAGAAUUCCUCGGUCUUCAUCCUGAUGUAGGAGUUAGUGAUGGAUUGAGUUACGUUGUCGAGAUGCGUGAGUCAAAUCAACGUGCGAGUAGGUCGGUGACAGUGACGAGUGAAUUGAAUACUCUUAUAGACAAAUUGCAAGUAAACAAGUCGUAUGUGUUUAGUGUUGCAGCUAAAAAUGAUGUCGGUCAGUCGGAAUUCGCUGAAACGAGUCCAGUUUCGACGAAGUUGGAAUAUGGUCCACCAUCGAGUCCAGUCAAUGUGAAGGCAGUCGUCAAUCCACCGAAGGCGUCUAUCAAAGAUCAAACGAUAGAAUUGACGUGGGAACAACCAACCGACCAAGUGUCUGCCAGUGGACCGGUCACAAACUUCUACAUCGAAUUGAAGCCUGAAGAUUCAACUCGAUGGCAGGACGUGAGUGCCGACUUCACAAUCACUGAACCACACUUCACACUUCCUACUGAUAAAUUGCAAGAGUUUGUGAGUUAUGAGUUCCGUGUAACAUCAGAGAAUAAAGCUGGCAAGAGUAAACCUUCUUCGCCAUCGAACGCUGUUCAACUAGGUAUACCGCUAGAAUUUAUUCGCCCACUGACGGAUAUAACUGUCAGCGCAGUGACAAAUGAACCAGUCAUACUUGAAUGUCAACUAUCUCGAACUCCACGUGAAAAGAUCCAAUGGUUUAAGGAUGGAAAAGCACUACCCAGCAGACUGUCGAGUAGAAUAAAAGUUGAAGAGUUGGAGAAUGGAAAAGUUCACCGAAUUAUCUUCAGUCCAUUGACAGAGGAAGAUCUAGGUGUUUAUUCUGUGAAAGUAGAGAAUUUGACAAGUGAAGCACGAGUGGAUAUGAAGAUUGCACCAACACUGAAGCUGUCGGAAUCAUUCUCUGACAAAGUCAUCAUGAAAGCAGGAGAGGCGGCCGUCUUCGAAAUACCAUUCGUCGCCAGUCCGAAACCGACAGUGACCUGGUCAUGGAGGCCAAGAACACGUCCUGAUGCGGAGUUGGGAUCAGCUCAGACUCCACGAUUUAAGGCUGACGUGGUGUCCGGACUGACAUCACUUCCAGUGAGUAAGGUGAAGCGUGAAGAUGCUGGUGAGUACAGUGUGGUCAUCAGUAAUGAAUUGGGCGAGGUGACAGUGAGCAUUGAGUUGAUUGUAUUGGACAAACCAUCUGUACCUCGCAAUUUAGUUGCGAGUGAUAACACUGGUGAGAGUGUUUUGUUCAGUUGGACGGAACCAGAAUUCCUCGGUCUUCAUCCUGAUGUAGGAGUUAGUGAUGGAUUGAGUUACGUUGUCGAGAUGCGUGAGUCAAAUCAACGUGCGAGUAGGUCGGUGACAGUGACGAGUGAAUUGAAUACUCUUAUAGACAAAUUGCAAGUAAACAAGUCGUAUGUGUUUAGUGUUGCAGCUAAAAAUGAUGUCGGUCAGUCGGAAUUCGCUGAAACGAGUCCAGUUUCGACGAAGUUGGAAUAUGGUCCACCAUCGAGUCCAGUCAAUGUGAAGGCAGUCGUCAAUCCACCGAAGGCGUCUAUCAAAGAUCAAACGAUAGAAUUGACGUGGGAACAACCAACCGACCAAGUGUCUGCCAGUGGACCGGUCACAAACUUCUACAUCGAAUUGAAGCCUGAAGAUUCAACUCGAUGGCAGGACGUGAGUGCCGACUUCACAAUCACUGAACCACACUUCACACUUCCUACUGAUAAAUUGCAAGAGUUUGUGAGUUAUGAGUUCCGUGUAACAUCAGAGAAUAAAGCUGGCAAGAGUAAACCUUCUUCGCCAUCGAACGCUGUUCAACUAGGUAUACCGCUAGAAUUUAUUCGCCCACUGACGGAUAUAACUGUCAGCGCAGUGACAAAUGAACCAGUCAUACUUGAAUGUCAACUAUCUCGAACUCCACGUGAAAAGAUCCAAUGGUUUAAGGAUGGAAAAGCACUACCCAGCAGACUGUCGAGUAGAAUAAAAGUUGAAGAGUUGGAGAAUGGAAAAGUUCACCGAAUUAUCUUCAGUCCAUUGACAGAGGAAGAUCUAGGUGUUUAUUCUGUGAAAGUAGAGAAUUUGACAAGUGAAGCACGAGUGGAUAUGAAGAUUGCACCAACACUGAAGCUGUCGGAAUCAUUCUCUGACAAAGUCAUCAUGAAAGCAGGAGAGGCGGCCGUCUUCGAAAUACCAUUCGUCGCCAGUCCGAAACCGACAGUGACCUGGUCAUGGAGGCCAAGAACACGUCCUGAUGCGGAGUUGGGAUCAGCUCAGACUCCACGAUUUAAGGCUGACGUGGUGUCCGGACUGACAUCACUUCCAGUGAGUAAGGUGAAGCGUGAAGAUGCUGGUGAGUACAGUGUGGUCAUCAGUAAUGAAUUGGGCGAGGUGACAGUGAGCAUUGAGUUGAUUGUAUUGGACAAACCAUCUGUACCUCGCAAUUUAGUUGCGAGUGAUAACACUGGUGAGAGUGUUUUGUUCAGUUGGACGGAACCAGAAUUCCUCGGUCUUCAUCCUGAUGUAGGAGUUAGUGAUGGAUUGAGUUACGUUGUCGAGAUGCGUGAGUCAAAUCAACGUGCGAGUAGGUCGGUGACAGUGACGAGUGAAUUGAAUACUCUUAUAGACAAAUUGCAAGUAAACAAGUCGUAUGUGUUUAGUGUUGCAGCUAAAAAUGAUGUCGGUCAGUCGGAAUUCGCUGAAACGAGUCCAGUUUCGACGAAGUUGGAAUAUGGUCCACCAUCGAGUCCAGUCAAUGUGAAGGCAGUCGUCAAUCCACCGAAGGCGUCUAUCAAAGAUCAAACGAUAGAAUUGACGUGGGAACAACCAACCGACCAAGUGUCUGCCAGUGGACCGGUCACAAACUUCUACAUCGAAUUGAAGCCUGAAGAUUCAACUCGAUGGCAGGACGUGAGUGCCGACUUCACAAUCACUGAACCACACUUCACACUUCCUACUGAUAAAUUGCAAGAGUUUGUGAGUUAUGAGUUCCGUGUAACAUCAGAGAAUAAAGCUGGCAAGAGUAAACCUUCUUCGCCAUCGAACGCUGUUCAACUAGGCGUUCCACUCGAAUUUAUACGACCACUAACUGACUUGACUGUUGACAAAGUAACCAAUGAACCAGUCAUCCUUGAAUGUGAACUAUCUCGUACUCCUCGUGAUAAAGUACAAUGGUUGAAGGAUGGGAAACCUAUUGGUCGUCUACCAGACUGUGUGACAAUUGAGGAGUUGGAGAAUGGAAAAAUCCUUCGUGUGAAGUUCACUUCAUUAAUGGAUGAUGAUUUGGGUGUAUAUAGUUUACGUGUUGAGAAGUUAUCUAGUGAAUGUCGACUAGAUAUGAAGGUACCGCCAACAUUGAGAUUAUCCGAUUCGUUCUCCGAUCGAGUGAUCAUCAAGGCUGGAGGUGCUAUGGUGUUCGAAAUACCAUUCACUGCCAGUCCUAAACCAAAAGUCGAAUGGACAUGGAGACAGCGAAGUCGACCAGAUGGUGAAUUGGGACCGGUACAAAGUCCACGAUUCAAGGCUGACGUGGUGUCGGGAUUGACGUCAUUGCCUGUGAGUAAGGUGAAGCGUGAGGAUGCCGGUGACUACACAGCGGUGAUCAGUAACGAGUUGGGUGAAGUGUCUGUGACGAUUCAGAUGAUUGUGAUUGACAAGCCAUCCGUACCUCGUGAUCUGGAGGUGAGUGAGAACAGUGGUGAGAGUGUGUUGUUGAGUUGGAAGGAGCCCGAAUUCGUUGGUUUGUCCACAACGACGACGACGGAUGUGAGUGGUGCUGGUGGAUUGUUGGAGUAUGUGGUUGAGAUGCGUGAGUCUAGUCAACGUGCUGGUCGUGGAGUGAGAAAAACGAGUGAAUUGAGUGUGAGGAUUGACGAUCUUCAGAUCAACAAGUCGUAUGUGUUUAGUGUUGCAGCGAAGAAUGAUGUUGGUCAAUCGGAGUUUGCAGAAACGAAACCAGUUUCAACUAAAUUAGAUUAUGGUCCACCAUCGAGUCCAGUCAAUGUGAAGGCAGUCGUCAAUCCACCGAAGGCGUCUAUCAAAGAUCAAACGAUAGAAUUGACGUGGGAACAACCAACCGACCAAGUGUCUGCCAGUGGACCGGUCACAAACUUCUACAUCGAAUUGAAGCCUGAAGAUUCAACUCGAUGGCAGGACGUGAGUGCCGACUUCACAAUCACUGAACCACACUUCACACUUCCUACUGAUAAAUUGCAAGAGUUUGUGAGUUAUGAGUUCCGUGUAACAUCAGAGAAUAAAGCUGGCAAGAGUAAACCUUCUUCACCAUCAAAUGCAAUACGAUUAGGCGUUCCACUCGAAUUUAUACGACCACUAACUGACUUGACUGUUGACAAAGUAACCAAUGAACCAGUCAUCCUUGAAUGUGAACUAUCUCGUACUCCUCGUGAUAAAGUACAAUGGUUGAAGGAUGGGAAACCUAUUGGUCGUCUACCAGACUGUGUGACAAUUGAGGAGUUGGAGAAUGGAAAAAUCCAUCGUGUGAAGUUCACUUCAUUAAUGGAUGAUGAUUUGGGUGUAUAUAGUUUACGUGUUGAGAAGUUAUCUAGUGAAUGUCGACUAGAUAUGAAAGUCCCACCAAAAUUGAGAUUAUCCGAUUCGUUCUCCGAUCGAGUGAUCAUCAAGGCUGGAGGUGCUAUGGUGUUCGAAAUACCAUUCACUGCCAGUCCUAAACCAAAAGUCGAAUGGACAUGGAGACAGCGAAGUCGACCAGAUGGUGAAUUGGGACCGGUACAAAGUCCACGAUUCAAGGCUGACGUGGUGUCGGGAUUGACGUCAUUGCCUGUGAGUAAGGUGAAGCGUGAGGAUGCCGGUGACUACACAGCGGUGAUCAGUAACGAGUUGGGUGAAGUGUCUGUGACGAUUCAGAUGAUUGUGAUUGACAAGCCAUCCGUACCUCGUGAUCUGGAGGUGAGUGAGAACAGUGGUGAGAGUGUGUUGUUGAGUUGGAAGGAGCCCGAAUUCGUUGGUUUGUCCACAACGACGACGACGGAUGUGAGUGUGAGUGGUGCUGGUGGAUUGUUGGAGUAUGUGGUUGAGAUGCGUGAGUCUAGUCAACGUGCUGGUCGUGGAGUGAGAAAAACGAGUGAAUUGAGUGUGAGGAUUGACGAUCUUCAGAUCAACAAGUCGUAUGUGUUUAGUGUUGCAGCGAAGAAUGAUGUUGGUCAAUCGGAGUUUGCAGAAACGAAACCAGUUUCAACUAAAUUAGAUUACGGUCCACCAUUGAGUCCAGUCAAUGUGAAGGCAGUCGUCAAUCCACCGAACGCGUCUAUCAAAGAUCAAACGAUAGAAUUGACGUGGGAACAACCAACCGACCAAGUGUCUGCCAGUGGACCGGUCACAAACUUCUACAUCGAAUUGAAGCCUGAAGAUUCAACUCGAUGGCAGGACGUGAGUGCCGACUUCACAAUCACUGAACCACACUUCACACUUCCUACUGAUAAAUUGCAAGAGUUUGUGAGUUAUGAGUUCCGUGUAACAUCAGAGAAUAAAGCUGGCAAGAGUAAACCUUCUUCGCCAUCGAACGCUGUUCAACUAGGUAUUCCACUAGAAUUUGUUCGUCCGUUGAUUGAUGUUACUGUAAAUGAGGUUGGUGAAAAACCAGUUGUAUUGGAAUGUGAAUUAUCUCGUUCACCACGUGAUAAGGUACAAUGGUUAAAAGAUGGUAAAUCUCUAAGCCGUUUACCAAGCUAUGUAUCAGUUGAAGAAUCAAGUGACAAAAAAAUUCACUGUAUUAAGUUCCGCUCCUUAACUGAUGAUGAUUUGGGCGUCUAUACGAUAAAAGUAGAAAAUUUAUCAAGUGAGGCGAAACUUUCAAUGAAAGUCCCACCAACAUUGAGAUUAUCCGAUUCGUUCUCCGAUCGAGUGAUCAUCAAGGCUGGAGGUGCUAUGGUGUUCGAAAUACCAUUCACUGCCAGUCCUAAACCAAAAGUCGAAUGGACAUGGAGACAGCGAAGUCGACCAGAUGGUGAAUUGGGACCGGUACAAAGUCCACGAUUCAAGGCUGACGUGGUGUCGGGAUUGACGUCAUUGCCUGUGAGUAAGGUGAAGCGUGAGGAUGCCGGUGACUACACAGCGGUGAUCAGUAACGAGUUGGGUGAAGUGUCUGUGACGAUUCAGAUGAUUGUGAUUGACAAGCCAUCCGUACCUCGUGAUCUGGAGGUGAGUGAGAACAGUGGUGAGAGUGUGUUGUUGAGUUGGAAGGAGCCCGAAUUCGUUGGUUUGUCCACAACGACGACGACGGAUGUGAGUGUGAGUGGUGCUGGUGGAUUGUUGGAGUAUGUGGUUGAGAUGCGUGAGUCUAGUCAACGUGCUGGUCGUGGAGUGAGAAAAACGAGUGAAUUGAGUGUGAGGAUUGACGAUCUUCAGAUCAACAAGUCGUAUGUGUUUAGUGUUGCAGCGAAGAAUGAUGUUGGUCAAUCGGAGUUUGCAGAAACGAAACCAGUUUCAACUAAAUUAGAUUAUGGACCUCCAACUCCUCCAUUGAAUGUUACUGCAUCUGUAUCUCCAUCAUAUGCUGAACCAGAAGAUCAAAUGAUAACAGUGAAUUGGUCCGAACCUGAAACAGCAACAACAACAACAUCUACUGGAUCAUCUCCACUUUAUUACACUGUAGAGUAUAGAGUAGAUGAAGGACGUGUUUGGAAUAAAUUAGUCUGUGGUAAAGAAGUUACUGGUAUGAAAUUAGAUUUUCCUCCAAUUAAAGAAAAUUUGAGCGCUGGUAAAUCAUAUGACUUCAGAGUUAUAGCUGUAAAUAAAGCUGGUACAAGUGAACCAUCAAAACCAUCGAAUUCAAUCCAAUUAGGUAUAGUACUUGAAUUUAUACGUCAAUUAGAAGAUUUAAUUAUAACUAACAUUGAACCAAUUGAAUAUAAAUUAGAAUGUGAAUUAUCACGUAAACCAAGAACAAUGAUAGCUUGGACAAAAGAUAAUAAACCAUUAAUUAUAAGACCAGAUGAUACUCAUAUGAAAUUUAUUGAUCAAGGCACAAUUCAAUCAAUUCAUUUUACACAUUUAAUUGAUACAGAUAUUGGUGAUUAUGCAAUACAAGUAGAGAAUAUUUCAUCAAAAUGUAAAUUAGAAAUUAAAGCUCCACCAACAAUUCGAAUAUCUGAUCAAUUUGAAGAUCAUAUUACUUUAAAGGCUGGUACUACAAAAAUUCUAGAAAUCCCAUUUAUAUCUUCACCAAAACCUAAAAUUAAAUGGACAUGGGCACCAAGUACUGACUUGACUCAAGAACAAACCCCUAGAUUUAAACCGGAUAUAGUUGCUGGUUUAACUACAUUACCUCUAAGUCGAGUGAAACGUGAAGAUAGUGGAGCAUAUAAAGUUAAAAUAUCAAAUGAUCUUGGUGAAAUUUCCAUAACAAUUCAUGUCAUUGUUAUUGAUAAACCAUCUCCACCAAGAAAUCUUACAAUAACUGAUGCUACAGAAAAAUCAGUCAUGUUUAAUUGGGAUCUACCAGUUAAUGUAAAUGAAAAUGAAUCUUUAGAAUAUGUUGUUAAUUAUCGAGAUGCAACCAAAUAUUCAAGUCAACCAAUUAAUGUUUGUGUAACAAAGGAAUUGAAAACAUUUAUAGAUGGUCUUAAACUGGGAUCUCAAUAUAUAUUCUCAGUUUGUGCACGAAAUGAAGUUGGUGAUUCCGCCUUUGCUGAAAGUCAGGCAUUCUUAAUGAAGUAUUCUUUUGACCCACCUGAAGCUCCAGGAAUACCUCAGGUUACUAUAUUAGAAAGUGGUCAUGUUUCACUGGAAUGGACACCUCCUUCAUCAGACGGUGGUUCUCCGAUCACAGAGUAUUUCAUUGAAAGCAUGGAUGAACGUCCAGUUGUAAAAGGUCAGCGCCGGACAUCGACCUAUGGUUCUCGAGCACAGUGGAAUUCACUAACUUCAGGAAUCAUAUUUGAACCUAAUGUUCAACCGAAAGCUUCAGUAACUGGUUUGUCUCCUGAUAAACAAUAUACAUUCCGUGUAUGUGCUGUUAAUAAAGCUGGUAAAGGGCCAUUUAGUCCACCAUCAGAAUCUUGUUUACCCUUAAUAAAACCUCCUAAAGUUCCUGGAAAACCUGGUCCUAUAACCGUCGGACCUUUAAAUGAAACAAGUGUCAAUUUAAGUUGGACACCUGGUACUGUAAACGAAGACUUUGGACCAGCUGAUUAUUAUAUAAUUGAAGCUUGUGAAGAUGAUGGUAAUGACUGGAAAGAAGUUGGAAAGACAACCAAGCCAGAUGAUUGUAACUUGAACGUGAACAAUCUAGAUAGUUCAACACGUUAUCAAUUUCGUGUUCGUGGAGUGAAUAAAGAAGGUGUCGGUGAACCAUCAAAACCAUCAGAAAGGAUUUGUUUAAAGAAAGAUGCUCCAUUAGUUAUAACUAAAGAAUUAGAAUCAAUUCAUUUGAAUGAAAUCCCACAAACAAUUGAAUAUGAAUGUCAUCUUUCUAAAUUACCACAAAAAGUUCAAUGGUUCUAUAAUAAUAAACGUUUAGAUACAUCAAAUUUACGUAAAUAUCGUUUUAUUGAUAAUGGUAAAAUACAAAAAUUAGAAGUAUUAAAAAUUACAUUAAAUGAUGUUGGUGAAUAUUCUAUUAAAAUUGAUAAGUUAGAAUCAAAGGCAACAUUUGAAAUUGAUUUACCACCUAAACUCUGUCUACCAGAUGAUUUCUCUGAUACAAUCAUACUUGCUCAGGGAAAUAAUCGUGAUAUAGAGAUACCAUUUACUUCUUGUCCACCUGCUACCAGUAUUGUUUGGUAUUGGAAUGGUAGUCGUACUUUGCCUGAUCCAACAAAACGAACUGUUCCAGAUAAUGAUUCAAAGUCUCAAGCGGUACUUCGUCUUACUGCAGUACAAGUUUCUGAUGCUGGAAUUUAUGAAGCUAUUAUCACUAAUCCAUAUGGAGAAGCUAAAGCAACCAUAACAUUGAAAGUUCUUGGAGUCCCUGGUGCAGUAACAUCAUUGGAAGCACAUGUUGAGUCACCUACAGAAGUAUCUGUUUUAUGGAAACCACCUGAAGAUGAUGGCGGUAGCCCAUUAACAGGAUAUAAAGUUGAACAACGUCAAUUGGCUCCUGAACCUGGAGGUGUUUUACGUUCUCAGGCUAAGGAGUGGAAGUCAAUUGCAAAUGUUAGUUCGAAAUCAAAAACAUCUAACGAUGAAGAACCAUUUGUACAUCGUAUCACAGGGUUAACUGAAGGAGCCACUUAUUUGUUUGGUGUUUCUGCAGUUAAUGAUUGCGGAAGUGGACCAAGGAAAGAAAUUACCGAUGGCUUAAUAAUGAAAUCUCCUUAUGAUAUUCCGGAAAUUCCCAAACAACUUACUGCUAAACCAAUAAAUCAUUCCACUAUUGAAUUAGAAUUCAAACUACCAGUCACCCAUGUGGAAGCGCCUUUAACUAGUGUAAUUGUUGAAUAUCGUCCUAAAAGUGUAUCAAGAUGGAAAACCCAAACAUUUGAACCAUGUUCCAUAGUACAAAUUGAUAAACUUGAAGCAAAUACAGAAUAUGAAUUUCGUGUAAGUUGUACUAAUUUGGCUGGUAAAAGUGAAUCGUCAAAUCCUGUUAAAGCUAAAACAAAACAAUUGCCAAAACCUCCUGAUGCUCCGAAGCUUGACAAUGCUACACCAGUCAAUACAAACUCAGUAAAAGUCAGUUGGUUUUCUCCAACAAAUGAUGGUGACAGUCCAAUUACGUCAUAUCAAAUAGAGAUGUGCGAUGCUAAAAAUGGCACUGAAGUAUGGAAACCAAUUGAUGCUUUAAACAUAGAUCGUACGGAUCAAAGUUUACUAUCUCCAGACGAACAAAAGUCAUAUGAGUUGAUUGUGAAAAAUUUAGACAAUUCCAAAUCUUUCAAAUUUCGUGUUAUUGCUGUGAAUAGUAUAGGACCAGGUAAACCGUCUAGAAGUUCACAACCUGUUACACCUGGAAUUGAAGUCAAUAUUAUUCGACCAUUGAAUAAUGUUUGUUUUGAUGAAAUUCCAAAAUCUGGAACAAAAGUUGAAUUAGAAUGUGAAUUAAGUCAAUCUAAUUAUCGAGUAAAUUGGUUAUAUAAUGGAAAACCAAUUGUAUUGGGCAAGAAAUAUGAUUUCUCUCCAGAAGGAAAUGUUUAUCGAUUAAUUAUUAAUGAUAUAACACUUGAAGAUAUGGGAGUUUAUGAAUUGAAUUAUAAGAAGUUAAAAACACAAUGUAAAGUAGAAGCUAAAAUUCCACCAACACUUCUUGAAGAUACUGAAGAAAGUCAUACACGUCGUAUUAAUGUUGGUUCAAAUUGUGUAUUUGAAGUACCAUUUAAAGCUUAUCCAAAACCUACUAUAAAAUGGCUUGCUCAAAAUAUACCUAUUACGGAUAAAACAAAACGUUAUCAAGUUGAUAUAGUAGCUGGUUUAACAUCAUUAUCUAUACAACGUGUACAAAAUGAUGAUACUGGUCAAUUAAUUGUUAUCAUUGAAAAUGAACAUGGAAAAUUAACAUGGAAAUGUGAACUAAUUGUUAUUGAUAAACCAAAACCAGUUGAAAAUUUAACUGUUGAACCAAGUAUAGAUCGACUUCAUAUGAUAAUGAAUUGGAAACCACCACGUAAAGAUUUAAAUAAUCCAAUAACACAUUAUGAAUUAGAAUAUCGUAAUUCAAAAAAUCGUUCAUGGCAAACAUUUAAAAAUGGUCCAUUAGAUAUAGAUGAUUUAUAUAAAAUACCUAAUAAUUUAACAAAAUUUGAAAUAAAAAUUACAGAAAAAGAAACAGCGAAUAGUUUAGCACCGAAUACAGAUUAUUAUUUUCGUAUAAUAGUUGUUAAUGAAGUUGGAAAAAGUGAACCAACUGAAACACGUUCAUUCAUUAAAACACCAUCAUUACCAAAACCACCGAAAUUAAAGUAUGAUAAAACUUUGGAAACGUGUAAAACAACCACUGGACAAAAGCAUUCUAUACCCGUUAGUGUAGAAGGUGAACCAUCUCCACAAAUAGAUUGGAAAUUUAUUCCUGACGGUCAUCCAAGUGAUGAGAGAAAUUCACUUCCUAGUGAUGCACAAACAGAAGCAUCCGGUCCUGACCAAGAUGGUGUGAAUAAAAUUGCAUUGAAAUUCCGAAAAAUAUCACGAUCAUGUGGCGGCACAUAUAUUUUAACAGCUGUAAAUAAUUGUGGUGAAGCUCGUGCUGAAUUUCAUGUGACUGUGUUGGGUCUACCAAGUGCACCACAGAAUCUUAUUGCAACAAAUCUGUCAAAAACUUCCAUUCGUCUAAAUUGGUCACCACCUACUGAUACUGGAGGUAGUCAAAUAUUAAAUUACGUCAUAGAACAAGCUGUAGUUAAAAGUAAUUUGGCUACACCAUCUAGUGUAGGUUAUUGGGAACCUGUAACACGUAAUCUUCCAGUACAUGAAGCAUCUGACGGUUCUACAGGAUAUAUUUAUGAUAUUAUUAAUUUGGCAUCAGAAAAAUAUAUGCUUUUUAGAGUAGCAGCUCAAAAUAAACAAGGAAUUGGUGAAUUUGAAACUAUUACAAGUCCUCUUUUAGUUACAUCUCCACACAAUUUACCCGGACCACCAAAAGAUUUAAAUGGUACAACUGAUAAAGAUGGACAAGUUCAUUUAGAAUGGAAACCUCCACAACAUGAUGGUGGUGCUAAAAUUAUGAAUUAUAUCAUAGAAAAAUGUUUAUCAUUAAAAGAUGCUAAUUGGUCUGAGAUUAAACUUCCUGAUUCACCUAAUACAAUGCGAAUUAUACCAAAUCUUAGAGAUGGUAUCUGCUACUUUCGUGUAUCAGCUGUCAAUGAUGCUGGAAAAGGUUCACCAUCUAAUAUCAUAGAUGUAGAUGUUAAAAAAGGUUCUGAUAAACCUGAUCAACCAGGUCAACCAACUGUUGAAGUAAUUGCAGAUGGUGCUGUUCAACUGCGUUGGUCACAACCAUUGAAUGAGGGUACUGGUGGACCGAUAAAAGGCUAUGAAGUACAAAUUUGUGAAGUUGGUUCAAUUAAAUGGAAACCUUCUUCAUCAGAUUUAUGCUCAGUGAAUGAAAUUCGUUUAACUGGAUUAAAUCCAGCACAAGAUUAUUUGUUUAGAGUAAUUGCAGUUAAUGAUGCUGGGUUAAGUUUACCUUCUGAACACAGUAGACCUAUUCGUCCAGCUACUGAUGUGGAUUUCGUCCGUCCGUUGGAGAAUCAAUCUAUUACAGAGUUACCAUCUGAUGUUGUAUUUGAAUGUGAACUCUCUCGACCUGGUAUGACAUUGAUAUGGUCCAAAGAUGGACGUGAUCUAAAUUUAUCAUCACGAUGUGUGUAUAGCGUUAUUGGAGAAGGUGAUAAAGCUUUUUGUAUUCAUCGACUAACUCUUAUAAAGGUUAGUCCAGAUGAACAAGGUGUAUACAAUGCGAGAUUAGUAACUGGGAAAAAAACUGAAGCUAUAUUGACGAUUGAAUGCCCACCAAAAAUACUUUAUGAUGGACCGUUAGAAAUACAAUUACUCAGUGGAAAAAGUACAGUGAUUGAAGUACCAUAUACUGGUGCACCAUUCCCAGACGUUAAUUGGUCAUUUAAUCAUGGACCAUUACCAAUCGGAGCAAAACGUGAAUCUCCUAUUGCGUCAGUAGAUACAGUAUAUGGAUUAACAUGUUUGCGUCUGCGUCACGUUACAGGAGAAAUUACUGGAAAUUACAAACUUCUGAUAAGUAAUGAGCUGGGAAAGGCAACGUUAGAACUUAUUGUGAAAAACCAACCGUCUGGUACCGCAUCACUCACAUGGCAAGCACCAAAAGAGGAAGGUGGUUCACCAAUUAUUGGUUAUCUUGUCGAAAAACGUGAAGCGAAUAAACGUAGUUGGACACCAUUUGGCUCUCAAGUUAAAGAACUAAGCUGUGUCGUUGAUGGUUUGACAACUAAUACAGGUUAUUUCUUCAGAGUUAUGGCUCAAAAUAUAUCAGGUUGCUCUGAGCCAACAGAAACCGAUAUAUCGGUAGUGAUACCAUGUUUAACAAAACCUCCAUCGGCUCCAGGGACACCAGAAGCAAGUGAUAUUGGUACGGAUUCAUGCCGAGUCAGUUGGGAACCACCCAGUUCGGAUGGUGGUGCUCGACUGACAUUUUAUCAUUUAGAGAAAAGAGCAAAUCUUAAAGGUAAUUGGGUAAGAGCUUGUGCGGAUAAAUUACCUAUUUUGACGAAUGAAGUAAAAUCUACCUAUGUGACAAAAGUAACUGGGCUUGUACCAGAUAAUGUCUACGAAUUUCGUGUAGCAGCUGAAAAUGCUGAUUUUAUGGUUGGUGAAUACUCCAAUUCAAGUCAUAGAAUUUCAACUCAGCUACCAUUCUCUGUACCCGGUAAACCAUCAAGACCUGAAAUUCAGAAUAUUACAGAAACAACUAUUGGUUUAGCCUGGAAAGCACCAUAUGAUGAUGGAGGAGAUUUAGUAAAAAAAUAUGUUGUUCAAUAUAAAACUACAUCAUCAAGUGAAUGGAAAACAGUUAGUGAAAUGCCAGUUGAUCUGGAAUUUACUGUAGCUCAUUUACAAUCAGAUGAACAAUAUGAGUUUCGUGUAGCAGCUAUCAAUUCAGCUGGUCAAGGACCAUGGUCUGAUACAUCGGAACCAUGUAAUCCAGCUAAAGCGAUCGAAUCUUCUAAACCUUCAUUAGUCAAUCCUUUAAGUAAUGUAACAGUAUUGGUUGGUCAAUCAGUUGAAUUAAAUUGUGAUUUUAAAUUAGGUGAACCAAAAGGAAAUGUUACUUGGUUUAAAGACGGUAAACCAAUAAGAAGUCAAGUCAAGUACUCAACAAGUUCAGCAUGGGAACGCAGGGCUAGUUUAAAAAUAAAUCGUACUAAAUUAGAAGAUGCUGGUGUAUUUAGUUGUGUAGCAGAGAAUCCAUCGGACAAAUCUGCAUCAAGUAAUGUAACUGGAAUUUUAAGUAAAUCAGAUCACUUAACUGGUCGAGUCGGUGGCUGUUUAGCACUGAAAGCUACUUGUGAAGCUUUUCCAGAUUGUGAAUCUAUAGUAUGGUUUAUCAAUGGAAAACAAAUUGAUUCAAGUUUAGAUUCAGAAUUAUUAUCUCGUGUAAUAAUUAUUGAUACACCUACAAGUCGAAUUUCAAAUGUACCUAAACCUCAAGUUUCCAUACUAACUAUCAGUAAUCUACAUCUUUCGGAUGCUGGUGAAUAUGGAUGCAGUUCAGUAAAUGAAGUAGGAACUGCUCAAUCUGCUAUAAAAUUAAUUUUAAACGAUCGUCCACAACCACCAAUGUCUAUUGAAGUAACUGAAACUCGUGGUCAAGACUGGAUAGAGGUUAAAUGGGAAAGACCAUCUAGUGAUGGUGGUUCAAAAUUAACACGAUAUAUUAUUGAACGUCGUGUUAUUGCUACUUCUACUUCUAGAGAUCAACCUACAUCAAUUCAUGAAACAAAUUGGUCUAAUGUUGGUCAAGCUGGACCAUAUGAUGAUCAUUUACGAAUACAAAAUUGUAAACCUGGGACAGUUUAUUCAUUCCGUAUUUUUGCUGAGAAUGAAAUUGGUAUGAGUGAUCCAACAGAAAUUGAAUCACCUUAUCAAAUGAAAUCAUAUACAGAUUUACCAUUACCCCCGACUCAUGUCACAGCAGAACGUUCAUCGCCAAGAGAAGCUAAAAUUCAAUGGCGUCCACCUAUUAGUGAUGAUGGUGGUUCUGUUCAAGGUUAUAUGGUUGAAUUACGUGAAACACCAGAUCCAAAAGAUCAAUAUACAUCAAGAUGGACACAAGCUAGUCCGAAAUUAAUACGAUCCGGCACUACCUUAAAAGUUGAUGAUUUACAUCCUGAUAUGUUUGUUCAAUUCAGAGUUCGUGCUCGUAAUCUAGUUGGAUUUAGCGAACCAUCUGAACCAUCUGACUGGAUUGAGUCUAUAGUAAAAAAACCCCGUGAAAGUAUAGAUGAAUCGACGCGCAAAACAGAUGACACUACGAAAUUACCUAAAGAUGAUAAGUCACCUUUGGAUAUUGUGCAGGAAAUAAUUGCACUUAAAGAAGCUAGUCGUCCGAAGAAAAUAAUUGAUAAAGAUGCACCUCGAAUACAGCUUAUUGAUGAAGAUACUUAUCGUUUAAGACCAGGAAAUAAUUUACGUGUCGGUGUACAUCUUGAUUCUGUUUCCAAAGCUAAUGUAGAACUUUUAACAGCAAGUGGCCAACCAUUACUUGGGAAUGCACUUGGAAGAACUCGUAUAGAACAAUUUGGAGAUGAUUUCUAUGUGAAUUUACGUAACAUUAAUCUGUCUGAUGCAGGUACUUAUUGUAUAAAAGCAAUAAAUACAGCAGGUGAAAGUAACCAAUUAAUCCAUUUAAUUGUUCUCACUGAACCACUUCCACCGAAAUCUCCAUUAAUAGCUAAAGUAAUUGAAUGUCCUAAAGGAUACUCUGAAGGUGCAACAGUUGAAUUAACAUGGGGACCAUCACCAUUACGUGAUGGGGAAUCACCAGAACUUACUUCACCAAUAUUAGGAUAUUGCAUUGAACGACGUGAAGGUCAACGUCGACAACAAUUUAAUUAUCCUAUUCGUUUGGUUGGUUCAGAUAAAUUAUCUGUAAAAAUACCAGAUUUGAAACCAGGAAUUGAAUAUGUAUUUCGUGUCAGUUCAUAUAAUGAUGUAGGAUCAAGUGAACCAACUUAUUCAGAACCACUUAUCAUUAAAUCUCCAUAUGGUGUUCCUGAUGCACCUAAAGGUCCUUUAGUUUGUUCUGAUCUAACGGAUUCCUCAUUGAAACUUACUUGGUUACCACCUGAAGACAAUGGUGGUCUACCUGUGAAAAGAUAUUAUAUUGAAAUGAAAGAUGUUGGUAAUCCUGCUGGAUGGAUACCUUUGGGUACUGUAUCGGCAGAUUCUACUUCUUAUCUGGUUAGUGGAUUACAGCAAGGAUUCGCUUAUCGAUUUCGCGUGCGGGUUGCUAAUGAUGAAGGCCUUAGUGACUGGUUAGAAACAGACAAAUCUAUAUCUUUCCGUCGCCCAGUUACAAAACCAUCUCAGCCUGAGGGACCUUUACGAAUGCUGCCAGAUGGAGAUAGAGCCGUCCGUUUAACUUGGAAUGCUCCGCUAGACGACGGUGGAUCUCCAAUUAAAGAUUUCAUAGUUGAAUUAUGCCUCGAUAGAUCGGGAGAACAUUGGCAACCUAUUGGUGAAGUGCGUGGAUUAAACAAACGAAUUGAAAAUCUUAUUCCAGAUGGCAUUUAUAGUUUUCGCGUCAGUGCUCGUAAUGAAGACGAUAAAGUCGGUCCACCUCUCUAUUCAGAAAUCUACAAACCAGGUGCGCCUAUGACGCCACCUGGCCAACCGGUUGGUCCACUAAAAGCCACAUGUAUCGGAAUCGGUCAAGUGAAAUUGGAAUGGAAACCUCCAAUAGUCGGUGGUCAAAGUGGUUGUGGAGUUCCUGAUGAGUAUUUAAUUGAACGCUAUGAACAAAAGAAAGCACGUUGGGCGUACGUAACUCGUCAAAGUGCUUCAACUGGGACAACUGUAGUAGUCUCUAACUUGCAACCGGGUUCCGAAUGCCAGUUUCGUGUACGGGCUGAAAAUAGAGCAGGGUCUGGUCCUUUCCUCGAAUCUGAUCGUCCAAUCACAGUCAUUAGUCCAUUUAAUCCACCUGGUCCACCUGAAGGUCCAAUUAAUAUCUCAGAAGUUCAAAUGGGUGCUAGUCGAGCGGACUGUUCGGCUCGUAUUUCUUGGAGACCUCCGUUAGAUACAGGUGGCUUACCACUUAUUCGUUAUGUGCUACAAAUGCGUUAUGCUAAUACUCCAGGUUGGCAUAGAGUGACGGGGCUUCAACGAACAAUUAGUACGGAUGAAAUAAGUGAUAAAUUAGACACUGCAAAAAUAGAUUUGGCUACUACUUCACUUGUAACUGGUUUAAUGCAAGGUCAACGCUAUAUUUUCCGAGUUGCUGCUGUUAAUGAAGUCGGAACAGGUGCAUUUUUAGAAUCCGAAACAUUUGAAAUGCCUGAAGAUGAUAGCUGUAAACCUAAAGCAGACUGGGUUCGUAUUGCUGGAAAAUCAGCUGAUAGUGUAACUGUAGAAUGGCUUGUCCCACACGAUUGUCGUCACGACCAUGGACCUAAUCGAGCUCAUCACCUAGCUAUUGAUGGUUUUCGUGUGUUCGUUAGACCAGCAACAACACCUCAGCCGAGCAAUAUAUCUCAAUGGAAACAAGUUGCUGAAUUAGACCACUAUCUUAAUCGUCUGGUUGUAGGAAAUUUAAAACCAAACCAAUUUUAUUAUUUUGGUGUGGCUGCUGUGAAUCAGUCAGGUCAAGGUGAAAUCAUUUCUACUAAAGAACCUGUUUGUCCAGAAGCUAUUACAACUGUACCAAGUCAACCUAUAGGACCAUUACAAGUAUCUAAUAUAACAGAUAAUAGUUGUCAAUUAUCAUGGUUAAGUCCUGCAAGUGAUGGUGGCAGUCCAAUAUUAGGUUACAGAAUAUAUAAACGGGAAAUGUAUCGACGCAGUUGGCAAGAGAUUGGACGUAUAACUGAACUAUCUGGGUUGACUAGUUCAAGACAAUUACAAUUUCAAGUACAAUAUUUAAUGCAUGGUACUGCUUAUGAAUUUCGUGUUGUAGCUGAAAAUAAGAAUGGUUUAUCUGAACCAUUAGAUACACAAGCACAAGUGCAUCCAGCCAAAGAGACUAGUGUCCCAGGACCACCGAGAGGACCAUUACGUGUGCGUGAAGUUCCUGAUAAUAUUGGAACACUAGAGUUGACUUGGUCACCACCAUAUGAGUUAGGAGGAUUACCUAUACUUGGCUAUCAAUUAGAAAUACGUCAAGGACGUUCAUUUAACUGGAAACCAUAUCCUUCAUCGAAUGAACUUGUUGCUUAUGGACCUGAAUCUAAAUUUCAACCGUCUCACAUUAUUACCGAUAUACAACCAAAUAAAGAGUACUUUUUCCGGGUGUCAGCUGUCAAUAAAGAAGGAGUUGGUUUACCACUUACUGCUGAUGAUAGUUAUGUGAAAUCUAUAAACUUAGCUCCACCAAAACUUGUAAUGGGUCGUCGAAUUCCCCCCGAUGAAGCUGAAGAUCAAAGUCACGAGAAACCAAUACUACAAGUUUCUUGGGAAUGGACUCCAUUAUUGGCAUAUGAACCACAACCAAUAGGUUUUCAAGUGGAACGACUUGAUAUUGCAUCUCGAGGUGCUAGCCAACCGGUUGAGACGGGCGUUGUAUUGGCCAGUCUUCCGACAAUAGGACGAUCUGAUUCGACAACGCCCGGUCACUAUGUACCUCCCGUUCAAUCUGUUUUGCUCAAAUCUGAUAGUAAACUAGGUUAUGAACUUGAGUGGGAGGCUCCAGAAGGUCAAGGUGCUGAAGACAUUAGAGGGUAUACGUUGGAAGAUUGGGAUUCAAGGAAACAGAAGUGGGCACCAUUAAUAGAAAUACCAGUAAGUGCGCCUCGACAGUUAGUUUUGGCUGCAUCACGCACACCUGACAAGGACUAUAAAAUGAGAAUUAUCAGCCAUGGGAAAACUGGCAAGUCUAUUCCAACGGAAUUUGGACUAUAUCGGAGUCCUAUUGAGUCAAUCUCAUCUAGGCCUCCAUCUAGAUCAUGGACAACACUACCGAGUACAUCAGGUCUUCCAAUUUCUACGACGUCCCAUGAUAAAACUCGUCCACGAGCAGAUAUUGACGAUGAUUUUGAUUUGGAAUUGGCCAUGAUUACUGGAGUUGAACCUGGUUCUGACGAAGUAAAUGAGUUCAUUCGCUCAAGGCGUCAAAUGGUUCAAGAUAUGACGCAACGCAUGAUUACACCAUCAUCCCUAGGGAGACUUAGUUCAUUAGAAAAAGGAAGACUGGAUCUAGAUCGCACUGACAGUUCACUAUAUACGACUGGAAGGUUGACUUCUCAGUUAAGUAUUUCUUCCCCAGCCGGUCUGUAUAUUUCAGAUCAACUAAGAGGAGAAAUAGUAGGUCCAACAUCUGUUCAUCUCAUUUGGCCUGAACCAAGUGGGUGGUUAGCUCCAGACAAAAUAGCUUUUUAUGACAUUCAGAAGUGGGAACCUGUUCAUUCUAAAUGGGUUUCUAUUGCCAAGGCUCCGUCUAAAGUUACAGACUACAUUUUAACUGGUCUCCGGUCGAAUGAUGAGAGCGGAUGGUGGUUCCGUGUAGUGCCUUCAGGCCGUGAUUCAGAAUCGAUUGGGGCACCUUAUCAAAUGGCUAAACCUCUUUAUCCAAGAUCUCAGCAUGCUACAGUUCCUUCUUCUGUUUGGGGUGUAGAAAUUUCUCCUGUUUUUGGUUUACAUAAGAUAGAUCAACGAACAAUUCAAGUUAACUGGAUGAAACCUAGCAAUGAUGGUGGUUCUGAUAUACUUGGUUAUCGUUUACUAAUUUAUGAUGCUGAUACUGGUGAUGAACAAGAGAUAAUUGUUUCUCCAAAAUUUUUAACUUCUAAAAUUGACUCUUUAGAAGCCUUUCAUGUUUAUAGAAUUACAAUUACUGCAUUUAAUCGUAUUGGUGAUUCUAUACCAGUUACUUCAACUGUACCAUUACAUCGUGAAACACCUGGCCUACCAUCCCUACCUUUACCACCCAGUGACUUUCGAGCUGUUUUGACGGAUCAUUUUAACAAAGAAUAUUCCAGUUGUAUUCUGUCAUGGAAACCUCCAUCAUUACUUCCAUCAUCACCUAUAGAUUUUUAUGUUAUUGAAAAAUGGAGUUCACAAUCUAAACAAUGGAUUCCAUUUAAAAAAGUUCCGUAUGAUGUGUAUGAAAUUGAAAUUACUCAUUUACUUGAUGAUGUAGAUUAUGGUUUUAGAAUAAGAUCACAAAAUGUCGCUGGCUUAAGCGAACCAUUAUGCUUAAACACUCAUAUUCGACCAAAUUUAGUCAAAGAAAAAGAUACUAAAGCGUUACCACCACCAGCUCCUGGAGCUCCAUUAGAAUUAAAACAACUUCAUACUAAUCAAAGUAUAUCAAAGUUAAAGGCAGUGACAGAGACUGCUAACCGUGUGAUGGAACUAUGCUGGAGUCAACCUACCUUCUUAACAGAUGAUGUAGGUCCAGUUAGAGGUUAUGUUGUUGAGGCUAGAAGAAGAGGUCAGGAAAACUGGGCGCUACUUGGUCGGCUACCUUCUACAAGAGACAGACAUUGGAAUAUUGUAUUUGGUCCUCAAAUCGGUGAUUAUAAUAGGACUCCAACCCUACCUCUCUCUCGGCUACCCUCAAUUCUUACCGACUCUUCUGGCAAGUGGGAUAUGAGCUUGCCACAAACCUUUUCGAAAAGUUACCCGUCUCCAUCUAUGUUGCCAGGAGAACCAAAAGACUAUGAAUUUCGUUUAUAUUCAGAAAAUGAAUUUGGAGUAAGUGAACCAAUUUAUUUAAGACCCAAACUUAGAAGUCCUUCUUUGAUUUCUGAACCACAUUAUAAUAGGCAAUCAGCUCUUGAGUACUACGAGUUACCAACUUACAUAUCACCUCCAAGAGGACCAGUUCGUAUAGAAACCAGACCGAAGUCUUCUUUAUAUCAUGACAGAAUCCAAAGCGAUAAAGAUGUCACACCAGAAGAUUUGAUUUUGCAUUGGAAGCCCCCAUAUGAUACAACUAACAUUUCUGGCUACGAAGUAGUUUACCGCACACCAUAUGAAAUGAAAUGGCAACCUAUAGGUAGGACAGAUUUAUCCGACACAAAUCUAAAAAUACCAAGUUCAUUAUUAAGUGAUUUUCCACAAACUGUUCAUGUUGGUGUACGUUCUGUUGGUGAUUAUAUUCCCGGAAUGACUGAACGUCCAUACUCUGAAACAAUUGAAGAAGUCUUGUCCGUUCCACAAAGUGUGUUUACAUCAUCAUCUUACCAACCUAAACCGUAUAAAACACCAAAAGAUACAUUCAGUCUACGGGCUCCUUCAGAGGUUCGUGCCAGUGUUUUCAAAUACACUCCUGAAAAAGAUAGUCCCGAAGAAGUAGCCUUGGCAUGGCGCCCACCCAGUGUGAAAUCAGUGGGAAAACAUGGUUUGGAAAGUUUGCCAGAUUCUUAUUUAAUUUUAACUAGGGAGUUAGGUCAUUCUGAUUGGAAAGAAAUUCAAACUACACCUAGCAAUAUCACCAACACCCAUAUUAGAGCAUCUUUGCUACCACAAGGUCGAGAUAUAUAUAUUGGUGUGGCGCCUGUUCGUGGUAUUCAAAUAGGACCAAUUAUGUCUACUUUAGAUACAAUAAAGUUAUCAGAACCUACAAGCCCGGGAAGGCUCUCUUCAAGAAGUUCUUUACCAUUCAUUUCAGCUGAGCCAUUGAUUGUUUUACCAGAAGGACCAGAUGCAAUACGGGUUCAAUGGAAACCUACAGAAGCGUUAAUUAGUAAAUUACCUCAAAAAGGAAUUUCAGAUUAUCGACUAGAAAUGAGACGCCCACAUGAAAUGGACUGGAAGCCUAUUCGAAUUCCAAAAUAUCUAGAUUCGUUGGAUGGAAUACUACCCAUUUCAAGUCCAAUAGAAUAUAGACUGGAUAAUCUAAAGCCAGGUGAACGUGUUGAAUUGCGCGUCGCUACUCGACCAACUCAUUCAGCCCCAUCGAUUCCUAUAACUGAUACCUUAUUUUAUCAGUUCAUUCCUCCUUAUGAUGUACCUUCAAAACCUAGAGGACCUUUAAUGAUUGAUAUAAUACCUACCUGUUCUCCAAUAUAUUCAAGAAGGCCAUCAUCUAGUCUAGAAAAGAUUGAAUCUCCGUUAUCAUUCUCAACACAUACAACACCACACUUGGACUCAAAAGGUAUUCAACUUAAAUGGCAUGCACCCAGUGACACAGGUGGUUUACCUGUCACAGAAUAUGUGAUAGAACGUCGUGGAGGUCCAGUGAAAAGUACCGCAAGUGAAUGGAUCCCCGUAUUAUCUGUUUCGGGAGAGACGACUUCAGCAGUGAUUCCAUUUCCAAGUACUCUGAGUAAUGUUUAUCCUUACUCUUACCGUGUUCGAGCAGUCAAUCGUAUGGGUGCAAGCAGUCCAUUAGAAACUUUAAGACCAUUGGAUUUUGAGACAUCAAUGUCAGAUCAACCUAGCAGACCUUCUUCUCGUGUUAGUUACCGGCCACUACCACCCUCUGCACCAGCUGGACCCUUACGAUCAGAAUUUCUUCCUUUUGAUUCAGGUCUUCACCUAGAAUGGCAACAUCCUCAAAAGAGUUCUUACAAACUAGAUGAAUCACUGUCUAUGCCAUCUUCAUACGUGAUCGAAGCUACUGAGGCUAGCAGACCAGAUGCACCUUGGAUCGAAGUUGGCCGUGUCCCUGGUACUGUAACAUCGGCUGACGUUCGAAUUCUGCCUACACCGUAUAGAAGCGAGUCGACGGAACGUCCAUAUACACCAAGCCCAUACCAUGUACCCCCUACUCUUCUAUAUCGAAUAAGGGGUGAAAAUGAAUUUGGCUUAAGUGCACCACUUGUGACAAGAAUUGAACCACCUGGUUAUUCUGUAUAUGAAUCCAAACCUGGGUUCGAGCAUCCAAAACUAAGCUCCGGUCGCCUUGAAACUCGUCUACUACCAAUGUCAUCAGAAUUUCAACUGCCUCAGAUUGAAUUACGCUGGCCGCCUCUUGCUCCAGAAUACAGACGACAAACUUUCCCAUCAUCGGCUGAUCACCGACCUAUAACCCCUCUCGUAACACCAGAUAUAAGUUACCUUGUUCAAGUUAGAAAAGCUGAAGACAUUGGAUGGCAGACAUUAGCCACUUUACCAUACGGUCAUGAAACAUUUAUUUAUCACCCCAAAGUAGAAAAAGUACCUCAUAGACCACGGUCUAGUUUGGCCUCAGUCUACAGACUAGAAGAUAGACCAAUAUUUGAAGCUUACCAGUUCCGUGUAGCUCCAAGAAGUCAUUUCGGUGUUGGGAGAUUCAUAGAAUCGGAUGUGGUCAGCUGGAGUCCGUCUCAUUUGCAAGCUGGUGAUUAUAGAACAGUAAGCUUACCGGGACCUAUUUCAAUGGAACUUAUGGUUCCAUCUGUCCCUCAGCCAAUAAUACCUUCUCCUGAGCGUUUCCACUUGGUUGAUGUGUCUACCGAGUCAGCUGGUGAACGUAUGCAAAACAGAUUGGGAAGUGUAACACUAUCCUGGCAUCCUCCAGCGGGUAUGUCUUCUACCUUACGCUCCACUACAGAUUUUGUCGUUGAAUCAUGGCGUCCAGACAAACAAGAAUGGUGGCCGAUAGCACGACGACCAGCAGCUAUCAGUGCUGAAUCUGUACCGGGUAGAUAUGAAAUAACCGUCGAUCGCUUACCACUCGGACAAACUUAUCAUUUUCGCGUUCUAACGGAAACAAAAGAUGGUCGAAGUGAACCAGUUAUUCUUCCACAACCUGUUUUCAUGCCACAAGUAGAUAAAGAAAAGAAAGCGAAACCAGCUCCACCUUCUCAUCUCAGAGUGUCAUUACUAACUGGCAGUACAAAAGGUGCUUUGUUAACAUGGCUUCCACCAUCAACAGUAACAUUCUCAGGUCGACGUAGCAGUUUGUCAUUACGUUGUCCUCCAACUGGAUAUAUAUUAGAAUAUUGUACAUUACCAUCCACAGGAAAUGAACCAACUACUUGGAAACGUUUGGCAGUAUUGGAUGCUUGGGAAACAUCUUAUCAAACAACUGAUUUACAACAUGAAACUAGAUAUCUAUUUCGUAUAAUGUCUCGUGGACAGAUCACUGAUUCACCACGUUCUGUAACACCAUCAAGGCUUGGAAAAAUUAGUCGAACUACAAUUGAUUCAAGCGUUCUUAGCGAACCAAUCCAUUCAGAAAUAUUUGAAAUGCCGAGAAAAACAAUUACUGUACCAAAAUUAACCGGUGAUUUAACAGUGAAAUCAACAACCAGUUUAUCUUCACUCUCACCAUCGGUUUCUUUACACUGGCAACCAAUUGACGAACCAUUAACAGGAUAUAUAGUAGAUUUAUAUGAUUUAAAAGAACCAACUGGUUGGAGAACAAUUACACGGAUUGAUACAACUGAAAUACGUCAUCCUUUCCAUGGUGUUACAGUAACAGGUCUUCUACCAGAUCAUUCUUAUCGAUUCCGUGUUAUACCAUAUAAAGAUGAUUUAUUUGGUCGACCAUUAGAAACUUUGAAAGCUUAUACUGUUCCAAAAGCAGUAGGACAUGAGGAUAGUGAUUAUGAAUCAUUAAUUAUUCCUCCACCUAGGGGACCAUUAUACGUGGAAGCGGUCAGUGGUGGUGUUUAUCGUUUAAGGUGGCAACCAGUGCAACUAAGAGGAUUAACUGACAUUAUGCAUAGACGUAAAUUAGAUGAGGAAAUUGAAUAUAUUAUUGAACAACAAACACCGAAUCGAAGAUUUUGGUUCGAAGUUGGCCGGACUCGUCUUACUGAUUAUGUAUUACCGAUUAACAGUGCUACAGUUAGAUUUCGUAUACGCUCAUCAUUAGCUGAUAUUUCGUCAAGUAUCGACAAACACACUAACUAUUCACUUUCAUAUGAUGGUCUCCUCUCCGAAUGGAUUCAUACAUUAGAUGACAGUUUACAGUACGAAAAUGUACCUCACAUUGGGAGUCCGAAGAGACGAUUAUCUAGUGAUGAAGUUUUUGACAUUGGUCGAAUUGUCCCUGAUGGAUUACGCGUUCUUCAUGUUGGUCCAACUUCUGCCUUACUAGGAUGGAAUUCUCUUAAAAUAGAUGAGGAUACAUUACAACCAUACUAUCUCAUUUUAGAACGACGCAUCAUUAAUAAGUACAAACCAAGUAUUUGGGAGCCUGUAGCAAGAAUUCGCACUUCUGAUACAUCAUACGAAGUACAUGGUUUAUCUUCUGGUACAACAUAUGAUUUUCGUCUUGUUGGAAUUGAAGAAUCAACUAAAACUCGAAGUACAAAACAUUGUCAACUUUCAAAACCAUUUACAACUCUUGGACAAAUUGAUUCACUUGAAGAUGAUAUGAAAAUAUUUUGGAUUGAUCAACCAAGAUCAUUUAAUGCUAUUAGUAAAAUUGAUGGAACACAAGAAGGUAUUAUGUUAACAUGGAAAUCACCUGAAAUGCCUAAUCGUUUAAAUGAGAAAUUACUUUAUAGAAUUGAAGUAAGAGGUUUUAAUUUUUCAGGUGAACCAAUUACUAAUUGGACUAAAGUUAUUUCAGAAUUAAAAACAACACAAUAUUUUAUUAGUUAUAAUAAAUUAGAUAAUUUAUUUAGUCAAUCAUCUAAUUAUCAAUCUAGUAGUAUAUCAUCUAUAACUAGAAGAAGACAUAUAAGAUCAAUUGAUUUUGAUCAACAACAAUGGCAAUUUCGUGUAUUCGCUGAAUUGGAUAAUAAACAAAGUUUACCAGCUGUUACAAUAACACCAAUCACAUUAAUUCCUCAAGCCAAACGAAGUCCAUUACGUUUCAUCAAUUUGCGAGAUGAUCGCAUUAUUUAUGCUGUUCGUGGGCAAAAAUUAGUUUUGUCUGUAGAAGUUGAAGGAGAACCGAAACCAAAUGUCUUUUGGUAUUUAAAUCACAUACAAAUAGAUGAAAAAAUAUUACCUGGUUGUCGUGUGGCUCAAAUUGGCGUCGGUAUUUAUGAAUUAACUAUUGAACAAGUACAACCAAGUCAUGCUGGUCUCUUAGAAUGUCGUGUAUGGAAUAUUUAUGAGUCAAUAUCAGAAACAUGGGAAUUGAUAGUUUCAGCGGUGCCACGAUUCUGCCGACUUGGAUGGGCUGCACAACCUCAUGAAUAUGAAUUAAGACAUGGAGACAGCUGGUAUCUACGUGUUCCAUUAGAAGGUUUAGACUAUAUACAAGACCGUGAUUGGAUUACAAAAGUUUGGUUCGAACGUUUAAGUCAUUUGACUCCUGGUCUUUCAGUUGAACCGUUGGAAAAUCGUGUUCGAAUAAAUCUAUCAUCUGGUUGCCGUUGGGUUGAAGUGGUUGUUGACAAAUUGAAUCUAGCUGAUAGCGGACUAUAUCGACUAUGGAUACAGAAUCAAGCUGGUCGAGAUUACAUCGAUUUGCGUUUACGUAUUGCUGAUAAACCUUGUGCUACACUACAGAAACCUCGAGUAAAACCACAUGGACCUGGAACAUUACUUAUAGAAUGGACUCCACCUCUGAUUACUGAUCGUUUAGAAUCUUUAGUUAAAUUUACUGGUUAUCGGGUAGAGUAUCGUCGUGAUGAACCUGGAGAAGAUUGGUUCCUUCUUGGUACUACAUCUGCUGAUCAAACUUAUUUUAUUGCGCGCAGUCAAUUAAGAAGAGGUGUAAAUUAUCGUUUCAGAGUACGAUUAGAAAAUUGGCAUGGAUUAGGACCAGCUAGUGAUGCAUCAGAACCAGCACAAUUACCAGUACAUCGGCUUACAGAAGUUUUGGAUCUUAAUGAUAUGGAAUUCCGUCAUUAUACAGAUGGAUCAUUCGAUUCACGAUAUGACAUUAUUGAAGAGUUAGCUCGUACUAGAAAUUCCGGUCUUUAUAGACUUGCUGAACGCUCGACUGGUCGUUACUGGUUAGGUACUAUUAUAGAUACAAGUCCAUCUGCAAUGACUAAACGUCCAGUUAGUGCUUUAGGUAAACGCGACAUCAGCUAUCCAGAAUUACCUUCGCGUCCAGUUAGUGUUUUGGAAACUGAACGCCCUGUUCGUAGACGUGCUUCUUAUGAUAUAUCAAAGUAUACAACUAGACAUGAUAUUACUGACUGGGAACAAGAGAAAGCCGAACGUGAACUGAAACUACUUUCGCGUAUCCAACAAGAAAACUUUGCACAUCUACAUGAAGCUUACACAGAAGCUAAACGUACUAUUUGUGUAAUGGAAGAUGUCACAUCUGGUGAUACAUUAUGGCAUCAAUUAGGUCGACGUAUUACAGUAACUGAGCAUAAAGCAGCGGACAUAUUACGUCAGUUAUUAGAUUUAACUGCACAAAUACACAAAAGUGGUGGUGUACAUCUUGGUUUACAACCAGAGAAUAUCUUCUUUACUGAUCAAUCUAGACAGCGGAUUGCAUUGGCUGAUCUAGGACAAACGCAUGCUUCAACUGUUGAUAAACCUGUUCGUUUAUCAUUUCGUUCUAUGGUAUAUAUUCCACCAGAAUUAACUAAUGCUAUGCCAAUUAGUAAAUCGGCACGAGUUGGUCAAUCUGCUGAUAUGUGGUCAUUAGGUCUAUUACUUUAUCAAAUGACUACUGGUGAUACAGAAGGGCCACCUGAACCAGAGAAACUUGAAAAGAUGCAUUAUUCUCCAAAAAUGGUUGAUUUUACUAAACGUUUACUACAUACUGAUCCAAAACAACGGAUGACAGUUCAUCAAGCUUUGGAACAUCCAUGGAUAACAAGUAUGACUAGUAAAAAAUAUGAUACAAUUGAACGAGAAGAAAAAGAGGAUCACUUCAAAUCUGUUUCUUCAUCAAGACAUUAUUCAUCAAAUCUAGCUAAGAAUGAUGAAUCACAAAUACAAGAUGAAAUUCUAGAAGAUGAUAUUGCUGAACGAAUAAAUAAACGUGCAUAUACAAGAUUAUUACGUUGGUUAGAUGCCAGUUAUGUAAAUGACACUGAUGAUAUUGAUACAAAUGAUACAUCAAGUAUUCGUAAAUUGUCAAGAGUUGGAUCUAUUCAUGAUUCAUAUCAUCGUUAUUAUUAUGAUUAUCAAACAUCAUCAUCUAAAGAAUCUGAAGAAAUUGUUGUACAUGCAAGAAUUACACCACGUGGUCAAGCACCAGAAAUAUUAACACCUAUGGGUUCAGUAAGUGCUCCAGAAGGUAGUACAACAACGUUACGUUGUGCUGUUUAUUUACCGAAAAUAAAAAAAUCAUCACAUCUUACAGAUCAAUUGAGUGAUUUACAAAUUCGUUGGUCAUUAAAUGGUCGUGAAUUAAAUAUUGGUUGUCCGUUACCAUCAUUAAAAACUUCUACGACACAACAUUAUGUAUGUACAUAUGAUACUGAAACAGGUGAUAUUAAACUUCAUAUCAAUGAUGUUACAGUAUAUGAUGCUGGAACAUAUGAGGUUACUAUUAUUGGUCGAUAUGGUCAAGUAUCUGAUUCAGCAAAUUUGAAAGUUUAUGAAUCAACAACUCAGCGUUCAACUACUAAUUCUGAUUUAUAUGUAACAAGUGAAUUAGGCGCACGUAUUCUAUUACCAUUAGUUGAUAUGACAUGUACAACUGGUGGUAAGAUUCAAAUGAAAGCUAAAGUUUGUGGAAUACCAGUUCCUCGAUGUACAUGGUUACAUAAUGGUGUCCCAUUAACAGCUUCAUCACGUAGACGUUUCUAUCAAGAAGAUAUGAAUGGUACAUCAUCGUCAGAAUUAAUGCUAAAACUUGAAAUAUCUGAAAUUACUACAGCUGAUGCUGGACUUUAUUCUUUAGUAGCUACUAAUAAAUAUGGAUCACAAACAUGUUCAGCUGUUAUUGAAGUAUUUGCUUCUCUUGAGGAUGGUUCAGAAGCGCCACAUUUUCUUAAAGAAUUAACAAGUAUUACUGUUGUUGAAGGAAGUGCUGCUCGUUUUGAAACAUGUGCACGUGGUCAACCUGCACCAACUGUACGUUGGCUUAAAGAUGGUAAACCAUUAUUAACAGAUGGUAUACGUUUAUGUGUAUCACAAACAUCAACUGAAAGAUCUGGCACUAAUACAUCUAGUCAUACGCUUUUAGUUAAAGAUGCUAUACCACGUGAUAGUGGAACAUAUACAUGUAUCGCAACAAGUUCAUCAGGUACUGCUAUCACUGAAGCAGCAUUACAUGUUCGUGGUUUAUUCGGUCGUGGAGGUCAUAUUGGUUCAGAUACAGUUAAUAGUGGUGGUAUUCGACAUCGUCAUCCUGAAUUCACUCGUCGUUUACGUAAUCAACAAGUUGAUUUUGGCAGUACUAUACGAUUAGCUGCAUCAGUAUUAGCUCAACCAUCAGCUACAGUGGUUUGGCAAAAGGAUGGUAUAGAAAUUUUAACUGAUCCAUCGGAUGAUCCAAGAAUUACUGCUAAAAAUCAUAGCGGUCAUCUAGAAUUACGUAUUGAAAAUGUAUGCAAAGAUGAUUUGGGUCAAUAUACAGUGAUUGCAUAUAAUUCUGCUGGUGAAGCUCGUUGUUCAUGCAUUCUACAAGGUACAACUAAAAUGGAAAUACAAGUGCCUAAAUUCACUAAAGAACUUCGAGAUUAUACAAUAUUAGAAGGUACUAAUUUAUGUUUAGAAACCAUAGCAAUCGGUGAACCAAUACCUGAAUUUAAAUGGGAAAAAGAUGGUUUUGAAAUUCUUCCUGAUGAAUAUGGUCCACCACGUAUCACACCUGGGACAAAUGGUAGUGGUUUAGCUUAUUUACGCAUUCACAAUGUUCGUAGUUCAGAUGCAGGUUUGUAUCGUUGCAUUGCAUAUAAUAGAUUUGGUCGUGAAAGAACAACUUGUAUUGUUCAUGUGGAAUCAACUAAACAAAAAGGUGUACAUCGAUCAGAUAUGAGGAAUGGAUCAUUUACUUCGAAAAAAGACACAGAUUCUUCUUUAGCACUGUUAUCUGAGAAUGGUAUUAAAGCAUCACCAAGGGAUCAUUCAGAUUCACCCAAAUUAACUGGAUAUAUUAAUGUGUUACGUCCAUUGCCUAAAACUAUUGAAGUUGAAGAAGGCAGUCCUAUUGAACUAACAUGUCGUGUUGAUACAAAUUUGCAUUACAUUCCUACAUGGAGUAAAUCAGGUCGAACUUUAACAUAUGAUGGUCGUAGAAGAGUCACUCGUAGUAAAGAUGGUGAACUUACAUUAGCUAUUGAUCAAGUAAUGUCUAAUGAUGAAGGAUCAUACACAUUGACAUUAGAAGCUUCUGAUGCAAAUGCACCGAAAAAUCUAGAACCAAUUGUACUUUCUACACGUGUUCAAAUUAAAUCAAAACAAAGACCACGGUAAAUUCAGUUAUUUGUAUACAAUAAUAGUUUGUAAUUUUACAUUUUAAUUUAAUCACAAAUACAAAGAUAGUUGAAGUUAACAAAAUGUAAUUUGAUGCUUGCCGAAUAAUUAGACUUUUUGCAUAACGCAUGACAUCGUUUAGAAUGAUAACGAAAGCUUUGGGAUUAAUUAAACCACUGAGUUGGUUGGAGAAUGCUGGUGAGCGGUCUAUACUCCUCGACGAGGAAUAACAGGAGUAAGUAAUUAUGAUACAGUUUCACGUGGAUCAUCUCGUGCUAAUUCUCGAGCAACAAGUGUUUCAAAUGGUCGAACUUCUAAAGAACCAUAAUAUCAAUCAAUUAUAAACAAAGAUAAAUGUUUACAAGACAAUAUAAGUUACAAUAACUAUGUAUUCAUAUAAGAUAUUUGUUUGUGUAUUUUUAGUCAUCUAAGAUAUUUUGACCAAUACAAAUAAUUUUGAUCUUGUUUCCAUAACAACAGUUUAUGUUAUCGAUGAUGAUUAUGAGAAUGACUAGGAUUCAACUGCUUCUAGAUUUAACCUUUUUUUUCCAAAAUAAACGAUUGUAUGUAACAUGACAAACAAUGAUGCAAUUAGAAAUCUUCAACAUUUCGAAAGUUUCGUAUUCACAUCUAUAUCAACUUCAUGAAGAUUAUGUACUUGUUUGUCUAUAUAUUAAUUUCUGUUAAAACUUGAUUAAACUUGAUGUAUGAAAAAUAUAAUAUUCGUUUCUUUUACUUUGUCUAAUAUAAAUCAAUUUUUUGUUGCUGUACACAUCCCCCUUUAAGUAUUAACUAUUAUGAAUACUACUACUGGUACUACUACUACUGCCACUGAUACCAAUGCUACUCCUAUUAGUACCAUUUUAUCUAAUUAUCACUUAAUGAUAAGUUCAUUUAUUAGUUUACAACAAUCUAUGUGUAAGAAUAUCCCUUUUUUGAGUAUAUCGCAUUUCAUUAAAAAUACCCUGAUUCCCCUCUUCCACCUCCCCCUCCCCAAAAAAUUCAUUUCAUUCAUCCUUUCAUAACUUAUUAAUUUAGAUAAUGUUAUUUUAAAGAGAGAAACGAAUGCAACUCUACCAAAAAAAAGGAAAAGAUUCUUGUAUUUCCAAUGAAGAACACAUUAUGAUUAGUUUCAUUUAUAACUAAGUAACUAUAAUCAGAAUAUUUAUCAAGUUUAUCCAUGAAUUUGUUUGUUAUUCUUUCCUCUUUAACUUUUAUUGGUAAUUAUUACACAUCCUUAUAUACUACUGAUUUGAAUUAUUUAAUUAACCAAUUAAUGAAAUGUUUAAAUAAAUCACUUGAUAAUUAAUUGAC